AUGGAGGAAACCACAUCACCAAUGGUGGGAAAGCAAGCCAUGACAACUGUCAGAGAAUGCACUAAUGAGGCCUCUGCCCUGAGCAGUGCUCCCAGAGAGCAUGAGCGAGCAGCAGGGCUGAACUUUUAUGUACGAGAUUUACAUAAACGAGGACAACUAAUAAUUCUUCGGCCUGGCACCCAGCAUCUGUACAAAACGCCUCCAUCUCACACGGUCACUGCUGCUCCCAGCCCAGGACGGCUUCAAAAGGCGCCCAUGGCGCACAGCACCAAACCACGGCUUCCUCCUCCGGCCGGCCGGCCAGCCCAGCGUGCUGCUGUCGGCAGUGCCUGGAGGCGGUGGCACACAGGACCGUCCUGUCCGGGCUGUCCCCUCUCGCAGACAGAGCAGAUCCUCCUCGGCCCUCCCGACCCGGGCGGCCCCUGGGGAAGCAGAGCUCGGCCACAGCUGCCUCGGCCGCUCUUGCGCUCUCCGAGCGGCCCCACAGACCCGCCGGGAAGGCGCGGGGCUGUCCGGGCAGCGCUGAGCAUCCUCUGCGGGGAUGGGGGACAGCGGGGCGGGGGCGGCCCCGGCUCCUUCCCGGCUCCUCUCCGCCCGGCGGCUCCCCACGGGCGCCCACCCCACGGCUCCGCUCAGGCUCCUCCCGGCUCCUCAGGCGAUCCCCAUCUCCCUCUCGCUGAGAGGCCCCUCGCCGCCUCCACGUCCCGCUCCGCCCGCCCGGGGGUCGCGGGCAGCCCUUACCUGGGCACGGGGCGCAGCCUCGUCCCUCCGGCUGCCGGCGGCGUCACGGCCGCAGGUUGUGGCUGCGGGCGGCUGUGCCGCAUCGAUAUAAAAGGAAGCGACGCGGGGGGAGGGAGAGGCGGCCCCGGCACCUUCGCCGCGCCCGGCCCCGCUCCCCGGGCCCUUCACGGGCUCCUUUCCCGAACCCCGCUCCCUGGGCAGCCCCUCACGGGCUCCUUCCCCGCCGGCCCUGCUCCCCGGGCCCCUCACGGGCUCCUUCCCCGAACCCCGCUCCCCGGGCCCCUCACGGGCUCCUUCCCCGCUGGUCCCGCUACCCGGGCCCCUCACGGGCUCACUCCACCCCAGUCCCUCUCCCCGGGCCCCUCACGGGCUCCCUCCCUGCUGGUCCCGCUCCUCGCGCCCCUCACGGGCUCCCUCCACCCCGGUCCCGCUACCCGGGCCCCUCACGGGCUCCCUCCCCGCCGGCUCCGAGCGGCUCCCCCGGGCAGCCCCCCGGGCCGGCCGCACUCUGGGGUGUUCACCCCGCCGGGGCGGGGGUGAAGGAUGGGGCGCAGGUCAGAGCCUUCACAUCAGCCCCCACAGCCAUCCCGGGGGGCAGGAGAGAUCCUUCGUGAGGAGCCGGAUUUGGCCCUGCCCUCACGGGCUGCUCUGGGCGAGCACGCACGAAGCACACACAGCACAGCAGGGCACGGGUGAAGCUCUGCAGCCGUGGGAAGGGAGCAGCCACAUGUCGGAGCACCUUGCAGGCUUCAAACGUGUGUAACAAACCCAGCCAUCUCCCCUAGGCUCUGCUGAAGCUGUCCUGGGCUGCAGGAUUGUGCCCAGGGAAGGAAUGCCAUCCUGGGACUCCAAAUGCAGGGGUUGGUCCCUGCUAUGGUCAAGGCCUCGUGAUCCAGCCUGGCAGCCAAGCCACUUCAGUGAGACAUUGUCUGUAAGACUGGCUUUGGAGGAUCAAAGAAAAAACUCAUGAAGGCCUAAUUUCUUCAGACUCUAAGAACUCCUUCCACCUCUAGAGCUACACUCAUCUCUGAGGCACCUUGUUCUGUUUCUUCUUCAUCUUCAUUCUGUUGACAACUGAUGGCAUCUUGGUUGCAGAAGGAGUGAGGGUCCCCCCAGGACACAACCUCUCCAUCUGCUCCUCAGGAAGCUCUCCCUCCAGCAACAGAUGCUGUUGUUCUCCUGCACCAUCAAUCCCUUUCAGGAAGGGACAGGGAUUAGGUGUGGGUAACACGCCUUAAGAAGGAAAGGGGGAACAGAAGGAGCUUUUCUGCUGGACCCAGCAGCAUCUCAUCCAGACAGACCUGGGAACACAAGUGCAAAGUUAAAGGAUGAUCUGUCCCUAAGCAAGAGCUUGGCCCAGUUGCUGCAGGGAAGACAGAGACUGAGGAGUAUCCUGGAUCACAAAUCUGCCCUUCAUCCCCAUGCUUCUAUGCACAGAGGUCAGAGCUACUGCAAUGAUCCUGAAAUUGCUCCACAAGGUUUUUUUUUUUCCAGCUCCUGGGUGGGUUUCCACACAAUAAAAAAGUCUCAGCUGAAACGAGAGCAUGUGGCUGGCUGCAGCUCACUUACUGGUCAGCUGCCUGGGGUUCUUGCUUUCCUGUCUACAGUUGUUAAAAUAGGGCUACAGAUCUGAAUUCAAGCCCCACAGUGAAUAUAGGGAAGGCAUUUGGAUAUGUAGAUCUGGAGCCAUGGAUGGGAAUAGAUGCCAAAUAGACAAGUGAUUACAGGCAGUAGAACCUUUACUUUGAAAAAUAAAAGUCUGCUUUGUCUUUGAGGUGUCUAAAGCAGCAAGUGGCCGCUGGUGUUAGGUCAUUAAGGAAAGCUGCAGGCUCCAACAGAAAACCACAGUAAACCCCUGCUUAAUCACC